AUGGCUAUCGACACGCUCCCGGACACCGGCUCCGGCUUCGUGGGUGCCCUUCACAAGCGCUUCGACUCGUUCAGUCAUGUCCAGCGUCCCGCCGCUGCCUCCCCCAUAAUUGACAUCCGCCGUGAUGCUGGCGAGGUCUCCCUGGCUGCUGCCAUCUCCGAGGGCCUGCGUCCUGCGCCUGGAUGCGAGAAGACGCUCCCCACACUGCUCCUCUACGACGAGGCUGGCCUGAGGCUGUUCGAGAAGAUCACCUACCUGGACGAAUACUACCUCACCAAUGCUGAGAUCGAAGUCCUGGAGGCCUACUCUGACAGCAUUGCGGAGCAUAUCCAGCCUGGGUCCAUGAUCGUCGAGCUCGGGAGUGGGCAAGUCAAUCUACGUAAGGUGAACAUCCUCUUGCAAGCUUUGGAGAGACAGAAGAAGGACGUGGACUACUUCGCCCUGGAUCUUUCUCUGCCAGAGCUUGAGCGUACCCUGGCUCAGGUCCCCAGCCAAAGCUACAACCACGUGACCUGCCAUGGUCUCCAUGGUACCUACGACGAUGGCAUGGUGUGGAUGAAGCGUCCUGAAAUUGCCUCCAGGCCAAAGACGGUCCUCUGGCUUGGCUCCAGCGUUGGUAACUUCAAGAGGCACGAGGCGGGGCCAUUCUUACACAGCAUUACCCACUCUCUACAGACGGGCGACAAGCUCCUCGUUGGCAUCGAUGCAUGCAAAGAUUCAGAGAGGGUCUACCAUGCGUACAACGACCGACACAACGUCACCCACGAGUUCAUCCUCAACGGCUUGAAAAACGCCAACAGGAUCCUCGGUUCCGAACAGUUCAAGCCUGGCGAGUGGGAGGUCAUUGGCGAAUACGACGCUCAAAACGGCCGACACCACGCUUUCGUCUCGCCACUGAAGGAUGUGACCGUUGAUGGCAUCAGAAUCAGAUCUGGCGAGAGGCUCCGGAUCGAGGAAAGCUACAAAUACAGCGCGGAGGAAACUAGGCAACUGUGGGAGACAGGACAGGUCGCCGAAGGUUGCAAGUGGACGAACAAGACUGGCGACUACGGACUUCAUCUGGUCUCAAAGCCGAAAGUAUUCUGGCCCCUGAAACCUGAGCAGUAUGCAGCCAACCCGGUUCCAUCCAUGACGGAUUGGGAGCAGCUUUGGUCUGCCUGGGAUGCCGUGACUCGGGAUAUGUUACCAGAGGAAGAGCUGUUAGACCAGCCCAUCAAACUACGCAACGCUUGUAUUUUCUACCUUGGGCACAUUCCCACAUUCUUGGACAUCCACCUUUCUCGUGCCACUGGCCGACCCGGGACCGACCCGAAAUAUUACCCGCAGAUCUUUGAAAGAGGAAUCGAUCCGGACGUUGAUGACCCGAAGCAGUGCCACUCUCACAGUGAGAUCCCAGACUCUUGGCCUCCUGUUGAAGAAGUUCUCGGCUUCCAGGAUGCUGUCCGCCGGAGGGUCAAGGGAUUGUAUGAUUCUGGUGAAGCUGGGUCAAACCGACGCGUUUCCCGGGCCAUUUGGAUUGGUUAUGAGCACGAGAUCAUGCACCUGGAGACGCUGCUCUACAUGCUUUUACAAAGCGACAAGACUUUGCCACCUCCAGCUACAGUUACACCCAACUUCGAGCAGCUAGCCAAUCAAGCGGCGCGCGAAGCCGUUGAAAACGAGUGGUUCAAUAUCCCCGCUUCUGAGAUUUCGGAAGGUCUUGACGAUCCGGAAGACAAUGACGGACCUCUGCGAUACUUCGGCUGGGACAAUGAGAAGCCUCGUCGCAAGCUCAAUGUUGGGUCGUUCGAGGCCAAGGCUCGUCCAAUCACCAACGGGGAGUACAAGGACUACCUAGAGCAGACCAAGUGCUCUGAGCUCCCGGCGUCCUGGGCGACGUCCAAGUCUGCUCCUUCUGUCAAUGGAAACGGCCACGCCAAUGGCGCCCUGAACGGGCAUUCCGCGAAUGAGCGCACUCCCGACGAGGGCAAGUUUGACGGUGUGUUCGUCAGGACCGUCUAUGGCCGUGUUCCUCUCAAGUAUGCGCUUGACUGGCCUGUCAUUGCCUCUUACAACGAGUUGGCUGGUUGCGCUAGCUGGAUGGGCGGUCGGAUUCCUACGAUGCCGGAAGCUCGUAGCAUCUAUGCUUAUGUCGAGCGUCAGAAGGUCCUCGAUGCAAACCAGCCGACCACGCAGCGUACGAUCCCCGCAGUCAAUGGCCACCUGGUGAAUAAUGGAGUGGAGGAGACACCGCCAUCCCGCGCUUUGUCGAACCACCCCAACGGCGCCUCCAACACAGCUGAUUCGUCUCCCCCCAAUGCACAUGAUCUCUUCACCGAUCUGAGCGGCACCAAUGUCGCAUUCAAGCAUUGGCAUCCCGUCCCGGUCACGCAGAACGGCGGCAAGCUCGCUGGUCAGGGUGACAUGGGCGGCGCGUGGGAGUGGACGAGCACUGUUCUGGAGCCGCACGAGGGGUUCAAGGCCAUGGAUCUGUAUCCUGGCUACACGGCGGAUUUCUUCGACGGCAAGCACAAUGUCGUGUUGGGUGGGUCAUGGGCCACGCAUCCGAGGAUUGCGGGGAGGAAGACGUUCGUCAAUUGGUACCAGAGGAAUUAUCUGUACUGCUGGGCAACGGCGAGAAUCGUCCGAGACAUCUGA